AGAUAUGGACCUCUUUGACGAAUUCACUGCGUUCGAGGGUGGAGCCUCGGCGCAAAACGCAUCGUUCCACUCAGCGUACUCUUCCCCCGCUGUGCCAACUAUCUACGAUCCUCAAAUGAACCUUUCGUCAUCGAGCUCUACAAACAUGGAUACUGUCUCUCCACAAGACUUGCUCCGCGAUCCAUUCGCAUCUGCUCCAAAUUCCACUGCGUUCACGAACCUCACAUCCCCUUCAACGUACAACGAGUCUCCAGAAUGGGGAGUGGAUGACAACUUUGAUGUUUCUCCCUUCGUCGGCAACAACAACGGUGACCUCGAUCAUGCUCUCUCCGGCGAUCCUUGGUAUCCUCUCUUCCCUCAAGAGGACCAGGCGCAGCCAAACAACGCGGACCAGUCUCCUUUGCUCCCUGAGGAGGAGCUCGAGGUCUCGGAGCAUCUUCGAUCAAACUCAUCUCGUCGUCGUUCCGCCACAACAUCAAGCCCACCCUCUGGCACACACUCUUCUGUCUCUGGCGUCAACUCUCGCAAACGCGACAAGCCACUUCCUCCUAUCAUUGUCGAAGACCCUAACGACACUGUCGCCAUGAAGCGAGCGCGCAAUACUCUUGCAGCUCGUAAGUCUCGACAACGGAAAAUGCAGAGAUUCGACGAGCUCGAGGACAAGAUCGCAAAGUUGGAGGCUGAACGGGAUCACUGGAAGGCCAUUGCUUUGAAGAGAACUGGCGGACAACAAGGAUGACUACUGUUUUGGUAAUUGUCGCCGGCACCUCAUGGAUUGGGGGGAAGAGCUUUGAGGCUCGCAUCCCUCGGAGGCAGUAGUAGCAGCCAGUGCACAGGAGCAUGGUAAUGACGCUGCUGCCGUGGACAAAAAUUUCCUGUAUUUCCUUCUCACAUUGGCUUUGUUUGCAGCACGGACAUCAUCGGGGAUGGUUUGGCAGUUUCUUCAGGAUGGAUUCAUGAGGUUUCUGUAGGCAUCUUGCGCUAGAUGGUCCCUAGGUUCUCUCCUAUCGGUGUGUUUACUGCGUUGGCUUCGGUGUCUCCCCUCUGCGAAGGGAUGGUGACCCAAGCGUUGAAGUUUCUUGCGGAAUAGUUUAUGGCAAUGCCAAUCGUCGAUCAUCAAUCUUCAUCCUAAUCGUGACAUGAAUGUGCAAAUGU